AUGAACUCUACCAAGAAAACAUUUGAAGAAUCAAUUAACAACUUAAAAGAAACAGUUUUAGAUAAACUAAAGGAAAGAGAAUCCUUUGAAGAAAGCAUAACAUUUGAUAGAAAUCACUUAUGGACUAUAGGAUAUCAAGAUACCACAGACCAAAUAGCAAAACAAGUCUCAGAAGCAAAGACAUAUCAUGAUUGGUCAAAGAUAAUUGAAGAUAAAUUAAUUAACAAUUACGAUUAUAUUCCAACAGAAUAUAAGAGUAGAAGAAUAUAUUAUUACGAAUUAAUAAGUCUUACACCAACUCUAGUAGAAAUAUACAAUCCAGAAGAAGUGAAUGAGCAGAACUUAUUCUGCAAGGUAGAACUAAAAGAAAGAAAUCCAAGAGAAAAAGAAAAACUUCCAAGAAAGAAAUCAGAACCAACAUACAGUAACUGUAUAAUCUGUAACGAAUUUAGAAGAGUAAAUCAAGUAGAAAAAAUCUGUAAAAGUUGUAAGAUAACAAUCAAUAGAAAAGAUACUGAAAGAAGAAAUCAGGAAUUUCUAGAAUCAGUAAGAUUUCAACAAGAAACAAUUCAAAACUGUGAACAUUGUCUUGAAAGACAUAAAAAGUGUAUAAAGAAAGCAGAAAGUCAAAUCUUUGAUUUGGAUGCAAUUGCAAUACAAAAGUUGUAA